UUUAAUUUAUCACAAAGUUACAUGGAACCCAAGUAAAGGCGUUGGCAUUCUCUCGGGAUUCGUGUGUGGCUGGGAACCAAGAUGAUUGUUGUUUUUGAUAGAUAAUAAAGUAUUUGCAAAGUUUUGCAGGAGCAAUUAAACAGACUCAGCCAUGGAGACGGCGAUGCAGGCGCAGCUGGUGUCGGCAGCGCAGCAGCUGGAGCAGCAGCUGGAUGACGAGAUCAGCCGGCUGGACCGGCUCGGCACCGACGACCUCGAGAAGAUCCGCCGAGACCGGAUCGCCGAGAUGAAACGGAUGAAGGAGAAACGCCACCAGUGGCACGCCAAUGGUCACGGAGAAUACACGGAAAUCCCCGAGGAGAAGGACUUCUUCGAGGUGCCGAAGAAAUCCGAGAACGUCGUCUGCCACUUCUACCGUGACGACUUCUUCCGGUGCAAGAUCGUUGAUAAGCACCUGGCCAUUCUGGCCAAAAAGCACAUGGAAACCAAGUUUGUGAAGAUCAACGCCGAAAAGUGCCCUUUCCUCACACAGCGUCUGAAGAUCAAGGUGCUGCCCACCAUUGCUCUGGUGAAGGACGCCAAGACCAAGGACUACAUCGUGGGCUUCGGCGACCUGGGCAACAACGACGAGUUCCCCACCGACCUGCUGGAGUGGAGGAUAGCGCAGGCGGGUGUCAUUGACUACAGCGGUGACCUGCUGACUCCUCCCGACGCCGGCGCGCGCAAGUCCCACGUCACCCAGAAGAAGAAGACGAUUCGUGGACGUGCGGAUGACUCUGACACCGACUCUGACUAGCGAGUCAUUAAUCAACGAAUGGUGACUCAAUGAAGACAGGAUGGGCCUUAGGACUAAAAAUUGGACAUUACGUCUCCAAUGCUUUUAUCAGAAUUCCAAAGAUCGAAUUCUAGAUUCGUGACAAGGCGCGUACGUUAAGCAUGGGUCUCGUUUGUAGGGUAGCCUGGCUGAUAUUGGCGUCUAUAUGACGCAAGCUUUGCGGAAUGCAGGAGAAUAUCGGCUCAAAGAGUAAGUUCGGUAGCUGCAAACUCAUCCACAGCUCCGGUACUGGCAGUUUUAUCGUUGGCAGUGGGAAGAGAAUGAAAGAGCCUCCUCAGUUUCGGGUAGACUGGGAGGUUUCAGCUACUCUCUGGCCCUUGGCUCGUACUUUGUUGGGCUCACACUUCGGUAACAUCGGUGAGGGUUGUGGUUGAAACUGAGGCGCAUCAGUUUAUCGUUACUCGAGCUGAGUAGCGCCGUACGAAUAACGCACUAACAGGAGGGGCGCAGACUCCGUGGCCUUAGCGCACCGGUGGAUGGUGGAGAAGACAUUCCGUGGGGCCGCUAACUCGCCUUAACAGAUCUUCUCAUUUCGUCCCGCAACUUUGUGGGGGAGUCACUUGGUUUGGUGACACACGUAUUCACCUGUGUAAAUUCACCGUUUUUGCAAUGCAUUAAUUUAUAAUACACUCAUUGUUGGCA